AUGGCUGAUCACGAAUCAAAAUUUGAACGCCUUGCCAGACAAGUCGAACGGAUUGCUCAAAUCGUUGAUUAUGAUGAAAGUGAAAGAGAGAAUCCUCAGAUAAUUCCUCGUGGCCAGAAUGCAGAUGAUGUUCUAACCCGAUUACGUGCUAAUCAUAGUGGUGAACGUUAUCAAGUCACAAGAAUUAUGGAGGAGGUGCUCAAUCGAGUUGGUUUGAACGUUGGUUUUAUGAACCGACCCCAUUUUGUGUCUGUUUUCCCUCAAGUUGUUCAAAUGGAUGAAGUACCAAGAGGGGUGAAGAAUCCAAAAAUAAUCACAAAAUUUGCAGGGGAAGUUGGAGAGUCAACUACUGAACAUGUCGCUCGAUAUUUGGUCGAGAUUGGGAAUCUAGACAAUAAUGAGAAUUUGAAAAUGAAGUUUUUUCCUUCUUCGUUAACGAAGAAUGCGUUUACUUGGUUUUCAAAUCUUAGACCAAAUUUGAUAACGAUAUGGAAUCAGUUGGAAAUUGCUUUUCAUUCUCAAUUUUAUCGAGGAGAAUUGAAUGUGGCAGUUACUGACCUUGUUGCUUUGAAACGAGAAGAUGGUAAAACCAUUGAUGACUAUAUGAUACGUUUCAAAAAUGCUAGAAGUAGAUGCUAUGUGUCAUUACCUGAGAGUGAAAUGGUGAAAAUAGUAGUUAUGGGGUUAGGAUUCUAUAUGGGUUGA